AUGGCUAAAUAUCAUCAAAAUAAUAACACGUUCUAUCCUAAUCAACAGCACAAUGGUUAUUUCAUCGAAAAUAUCAUUGGUCAUUCUUCGAAAAAUGGUUACGAUAAUCAACAGUAUCAAUGUUCUCAUUCUUCUUAUGAUCCACAAUCAAAUGUUUAUUAUCAUGCAAAAUCGAAUAAACAACAGCAUAUUCCACCUCCAGCUUCUACAAAUAUGCAAUUGAUUAAUUCUCCAGCACGUUCUAUUCGUCGCUCUCGUUCUAAUGAUUCUAAUGAUGAAGGUUUUCAGACAGUUAUUAACAAGAAAAGUAAACACCAAAACAAUUAUAACGAUCGUCCAAAAACGCCUCAACAACAACAGAGGAAUGUUGAUUCUACUAAUAAUAAUAUCAUGACAAUGAAUGCACCACGUCCUACUAUUAUAAAUUCAAACAAUCAUCAACAUAGUCAACAAAGUAUAACAACCGCAUCUGCACGUUAUGCCUUAACUAGAUACCCUUUUCCACCUCAUAUUGUACGUUUUAAAUCGAACAAGGUAACAAUUAAACAGUUUAAAGAAGAGGUCACAAAUCAUUUCAAAAAUGAUUAUCAAACAGAUAUUGAAAUUGUCAAUUGUCGGGCCUCAACUUUAAAAUGCAACAACAAUGAGAUGGAUA